AUUCGCGCUCAAGGCAGCAGCCGGCUCCCUCCCGAGCCCACAGGUAAGCACGUGCAUGUGACGUCACAGAUGAAAGCUGAUCGUGCACACACCCUAAAACGCGGGCUCGCCGUCCUCGUCGUCGUCCUGCUCAGCCGUUUCGUCGUCGUUGACAACGAUGAACUCCCUUAGGAACCACAGGAUCAUCAUCGCCUCUCUCUUUCUUCCCAACACCACCGUUCUGGGCGACUCUCUCCCGUCUUCUCCAGAUGAGAAUGCUUUGGACACCACUAAUGGUCCGUCCCUGGUGCCGCCAACCCCCGCUGCCCGGUCGCCUUUACCGGCGAGGCCGACGGGUCCUUUGAAGAGCAUCGUUGAGGACCUUAAAUCUCGCCAGGCAAGCCCAGCAAUGACGCCCCGCGGGGAGUCCACGAAUCCGUUCACUACCUUCUCCGGAUUGACGCAGCCGCCUUCGAGGAACAAUUCCAAGAGCAACUCUGAGAUCUCACUUGUCGAUGUGCUCUCUGCCAAGGCUGUCAACCUCAACGGUGCCAAAGCUCACGCCGACGGUCUGCACAGCGGCACGAAGCGCCACCAGCUGACGCAUUCCAGCAGUACUGCUUCCCACACGAGGGUUCAGCGCAGAUUGUCUCGGAGCUCCACGACGCGGGCACAUAGCCGAUCAAUCUCGUCGAGCAGGCCAUCUUUAGAGCUGCACAGCACCAGAUGGCACAUUGAGAGCAACCCGCAUUGCAACGGCGGGCUGAAGAACGCCGUAGAGAGUGUCGGUACUCGAUUGAAGCGCAAGCUCUGGGUGGGCACGCUUGGAGUGAACACGGAUGGUUUCCGGGACAGUUUACGCCGCAACAUAGAAUGGCGUAUGCGCGAUGACUGUGAUAGUUUGCCGGUGUGGAUACCAGAUUCGGAGUUCGCGGGCUGUUACGACGAUUUCUGCCAUCAGGUUCUCUGGCCGUGUCUCCACUACGCGAUUCCGGACGCACCCAGGACGAAGUCCUUCUACGAGCAUGCAUCGUACAAUCAGUAUGUUGCCGUGAAUCAGCGGUUUGCAGACGCUAUCGCCUCUGCGUACCAAGACGGCGAUAUAAUAUGGGUGAACGACUACCACCUUAUGCUAUUGCCCGCGAUGCUUCGUGCCCGCCUGCCUGGUGCAUCCAUCGGAUUCUUCAUGCACGUCGCGUUUCCGUCGUCCGAGAUCUUCCGCUGCCUGAGCGUGCGCGUGGACCUGCUCAAGGGCGUGCUUGGCUCAGACCUGAUCGGGUUCCAGACAGCGAACUAUGCGCGCCACUUCAGGCAGACUGUCAGUCGGAUAUUGACGGCUGAGGCGCUGCCGAAGGGCGUGCAGAUGGAUGAUCGGUUCGUGGAUGUGGGCGCAUUCCCAAUGGGAAUUGACGUGGGUAGCUUGGAUGAGAAGAAGCAUGACCCGGAGGUUGCGGAAUGGGUGAAUGCGCUGCGGCAGCGGUAUGCUGGGAUGAAGCUCAUUGUAGGACGAGAUAAACUUGAUCUCAUCCAAGGAGUACGUCAGAAAAUACAAGCGUUCGAGGCAUUCCUUGAGAAAUACCCAGAAUACCAAGGCAAGGUCGUCCUCAUCCAAGUUGCAUUGCAGACGACGGAGGAGAGCGAGAUGCAGGGUGGCGUCUCAGACGUUGUGUCACACCUGAACUCGCGCUUCUCCACUCUGACGUACCAACCUGUCGUGUUCCUGCACACGCAAGAUCUGACGUUCAGUCAGUAUCUGGCACUAUUGACAGUUGCGGAUGCAUUUAUGGUGACAAGUCUGCGAGAGGGUAUGGCGUUGAGGACACAUGAAUAUGUGGAAUGCCAGGAGGAGAGACAUCGACCGUUGAUCUUGAGUGAGUUCACCGGUUCAUACAGCUACAGCGGUUUCAGGUCAUGUAUCCCGGUCAACCCAUGGGACAAGCGGAUGACUGCGAAGGCUAUCCACCAGGCCCUGACUAUGAGCGACGAAGAGGCAUUGUCACGGUGGGAGGACAUGCACAGCCACGUAGUGACUCAAAGCGCACAAGCUUUCGUCACCUCUUUCCUCGUCCGUUGUCUUCGCGCCAGUAUUGAGCACUCUCAGACCGACGGCACAGAAGUUGCGGUGCUCGACGUGCAGCGUGUGCUCCCGCGCUACCGGCACAGCCAGAAGCGUCUGCUGCUGAUAGACUUUGAAGGCACAAUGUGGAUACGCGACUUGCGGAAGAUGAGCCGCGGCGUGUUUGACCCGCCAAAGGACGCGAUCGAGGUACUGAAUCGCUUGGCGGAUGAUCCGAGGAAUGAAGUUUGGCUAUUGAGCGGGUUGCCCGUCAAGGGCAUGCUGGAUAUUAUAGGAGAGGCGGCGCCGAAGAUUGGCAUUGUCGCCGAGAAUGGCUGCUUCAUCAAGACUCGACCUGACCGUAAUGGCGGAUCGUCGUGGAUUAGCAUGGUGGCGAACUUCAAUUUGACCUGGAAAGCGCCUUGUCUCGAGAUCCUUAACUAUUUCACGGAACGUACGCCAGGCUCAUUCGUCGAGGAGAGGGAGGCAUCGAUCGUGUGGAGGUUCUGGGUUGAUCCGGAUGAAUCAUCGUCUGAUCGUCAGUGGGCACGUCGGCAAGCAUCCGAGGCUCAGAACCACGUAUUCGACAGUCUCGGUGAGCGAUACGGUCUGCGUAUCAUUCCUGGCGCAAACAGCUUCCUAGUAUUGCCGAACAACGUCUCCCGCUCGACUGCAGUGGGAGCGAUUCUGAAUCCUGGCGGUCCCGCGCGUUCUACGUUGGUGACGUCUGUGCCGUGGUCUGCGCCCGAGGCUACGGAGGCGGAGAGCGUGCAUGAGUUUGACUUUGUUCUGGCCAUUGGCAAGGACCAGCGGAUGAUGCGCCGGCUGAACGAGCUGGACAAUGCGGAGACGGUGUCGACGGGGGAUAAGGGCACUGAUGCGAAGUGGAAGUUGGAUCCGUCGAAGGUCAUGCCUGCGCUGUGGCGAUUCGCAGAUGCGAAAUGAGCGGUGGUAUGUUGCAGAUAUGGCGAUUACUUGUAUAUGGAGGCGAUGAGAUAUGUUUUUUGCUGGUUUUUCUGCUGUAUACAUCACCUUGCCACAUGCAUUCACCGGGGAGACGAUUUGUACUGGUUCCGGAUAGGAUGAGUCCAUGUCCCUGUAGUUAUCU